AUGGGAAACCAUACAAGAGUGACAGUGUUUGUCCUAGUAGGUUUGACUGAUGACCCACAAUGGAAAGUUGUAUUAUUUAUUUUCUUGCUUAUCACCUACUUGCUAAGCAUCAUUGGCAAUCUGAUCAUCAUCACACUCACCCUGCUGGAUGCUCACCUCAAGACCCCCAUGUACUUUUUCCUUCAGAAUUUUUCCUUCUUAGAAAUUUCUUAUACUACUGCAUGCAUCCCUAAGCUGCUGGUUAUGAUGGCAACUGGGGACAAAACAAUUUCCUAUAACUGUUGUGCCGUACAAGUGUUUUUUGCCUUCCUUCUUGGAGCAUCUGAAUUUUACCUGUUGGCAGCUAUGUCAUAUGACCGCUAUGUGGCCAUCUGUAAGCCUCUGCAUUAUACAACCAUCAUGAACCUCAAAAUCUGCAUACAGCUUGUCCUCAGCUGUUGGGUUGCUGGGUUCUUUACCAUCUUUGUACCACUUCUCUUAGGUCUAAAGCUUGACUUCUGUGCCUCCAAUGUUGUUGAUCAUUUCUACUGUGACACUACUCCCCUCCUGCAGAUCUCCUGCUCAGACACGCACCUCAUUGAGAUGUUGGCUUUCACUUCAGCUUCAGUGACACUCUUGGUCACGUUGAUAAUGGUGAUGAUAUCAUACACCUAUAUUGCCCUGACAAUUUUCAAAAUUCCUUCUACUAGUCAGAGGCAAAAAGCUUUUUCUACAUGUUCUUCUCACAUGAUUGUGAUCUCCCUUUCAUAUGGCAGUUGCAUCUUCAUGUAUGUUAAACCUUCAGUCAAACAGAAAAUAUCAUUCUCCAAGGGAAUUGCGGUGCUCAAUACCUCAGUUGCACCACUUCUGAACCCUUUCAUCUACACUCUGAGGAACCAAAAAGUGAAAAAAGCAUUUAUGGAUAUGAUGCACAGGAUUGUCUCUUUUCCAAAGGCAUGA